AUGCAUGCACUUGUGGUAGCACCCAUUCUCGCCAUUUUCUUGUCCACCAGGACUAUUCUGGCCGGUUGUAUAUUCAGUUUACAUGAUGAUUCGCGAGACCGUAGAUCAUCUGUAUGGCGUUACAAAUCCAAGAGAUUUCGCGAAAGGAUUCCCAUCACCCUUGAUGUAACCAGGGAAGCACCAGCUGUAAUCAUGAUGGUUGAACGUCAGGCUGCCUCCUCCGAGAGUCACUUUAUGAUCAAGCCGCAGUAUAAUGGCUGUUACAAAAUUGGCAAUGUACUGGACGACGGAAAGCUCAUUGUCGAGGGGAACGCCGAUAUCGCAGAAAGGAGAGUAUACCUCCGAGAUGAAGGAAAGGAUAGAAUCCUCAGGGUCACUGAUUUUUACCUUCAAAGGGAUGGAAGAUUUAGAACAGAGACUACCGAUCUUGUAAAGGUCCAGGGAGAUGCUAGUUAUGGACCAUUAAUGAAAUAUCCAGUGGACCUUCAUCUACUUUCCAGGAACCUUCCUGAUGAGAUUGAACGCAUUACAGAUCCGUUGAGAGGAGAGACCAAAUACAGAAUAAGGAAAAACAUGAUGUAUACCAUGUACAUUGGUAUGGUUAUAUACGGUAGUGACGUUUUGGAUGAUACAGUAGAUAAUGAUAUUCUCUCAAAGGAAGUUACUGUAAAUGGUCUCAAGCAGGUCAAAGUUGAUGUCUAUAAGAGGGACGGAAGUUUCACGAGUUCAGAACAUACCUUGAUAUAG